AAUAAAUGAAAAUAUAAAAAACUUUGCAGGAUUUUAAAAUUUAAAUUCAAAUGUAGUACCUAAUCAACAUACGCGAUUUCGGACGCAGCUUAGCCUUUUUCACACUUCCGGGUUUCGUGUUUCCGGCGCUCGGCAUCGCAGGGUAAAUGUACUUCCGGCGACGUCUAAAUGUAAGUGAGACACGACAUUAAAUAUAUUUUUUGUGCUCCCAUUUGUUCAAAUAGCAAAAGGAAAAACUCCACAGUAGUGUUUUCACAACUUUCAAAAGAGGAAAUAAAAUAGAGAGCGAUUGAUAGCGGCAGUCAAACGAGAGAAAGAUGUCAAUUUGACGUCACUCCCUAGUUUUUUGUAAUUUGAUGCAAAGAUAAUAUAAUACAAAGUAUAAUGUUAUAAAUGUAUAUAAAAAACUUUGCAGGCUUUACGAUGCUGAACAUCAUCACAGUCUGUGAAAAAAGGCGUGUACGAGUCUGACAAGAAUUUGUUAAAUAAAGUCAUUAUUUUUUUGUUUUUGAGCACAAAAAUUAUUAUUGUCGCUUCAUAACAUUAAAGUUGAACCGCUGUAGUGACAUUGACAAUUUUAACAAUGUUUUUACUACUUUUCUGCACUAAAUGAAUAUGGUAGGCUAAUUUCAUAGCUUUCUAUUGAGGAUAAAAACAACUCAAUCAAAUCAAAAAUAGUCUUUCAUAAUCAAAUUUUUUUUUUAACUAUUUGCAUUUUAGACGCAACAAUUCGACCUCAGUGUGUUCUGAAAGUGUUUCUCCUCUUUAUUUGCAGAAUCAGUUCUGGAUCAGGAGUCACACCCGGAGACACGUCUGCCCGGUGUCAGGGGUGAGUUUGCCGGGGAAGUUACCCUGCCUCACCCGUGUUAACCAGCGCACACAUUUGCCCGCUAAUCUCUUCAAAGCCUCUCGCGCACAUCUGACUUUCAAAUCCGAGUGUUUGUCUUGAAAAUGGGCUCUAAUCCCGAUCCGACCCGACCCGACCCAGCCACACCAGCACCUUUAAAAUUCAUUGGCGAUUAGCGGAAACAGUAACGAGGCUCUUUCUCAUUCAUGGCGCUUGUGUAAACAACAGGCUGUGAUUGACAGGUGAGGUCUGUGAUUGACAGCUCUCAAACAGGUCAGGCCGAGCGCGGCGUUUCUCAUUUUUUAAAGCACGCGGUGAAUUCUGGCAUGCCGCUGUUGAUCGAUAGUUACACUAACCAGCGUUUAACAUUAGUGCACUUACUGUCCGAGAGGCUCCAUUAAUUUCUCCUGUAGUUCUGAAACACUCAUAUUUUGCUUUGGCAUCACAAAAAAAAGGCAUUUUCCCGAGCACAAAAUAAAUAUAUAAAUGAAAAGCGCAGGGUCUCGUGCUCUCCGGGACUAAUUGAAUUGUGUUUGGGUUGGUUUGGGUUGGCUGACAGUAAUCGCAUCCGAUGGUCGGGCCAUUAAAGCGAGGCGCGCGCGUCUCCCGGUGACCGAUCACUGCUGAAUGCAGAUUGAGCUAAUGAGAGAGAGAGAUUGAUGAGAGAGAGAGAGGGGAUGAAGGAUCAGGAAAGGAUGAGACGCGACCCGUCUGCGUCACGCACGAAAACAGGAGCCGGUGACCCGGGUGAAACCCGCCGGGCGCGCAGCGGGUGCGCGAGAGAAGACGCGAUUCACGCGCUCUGUGUUUGCGAUUUAGUACAAACAAAACUUUGUUUGACCAUUUCUGUAGGCUCAUUUUAAGAUAAAGUCUUAAAAUCAGCAGUUAUAUGAAAAAAUAUCCAUAUAAGCAAAAUAAAAUAAAUAAAUAAAAUAAAAUAAAAUAAAAUAAAUACUGGAUUUUAUUAAAGUGAAAUAACGCUAAAUCUGUCUCGUCAACAUUUAUUUUUCAUUACAUAUGCAUGAUGUAAAAUCUCAAAUAACGCUGAGUUGAAUUAGACAGUUCAUUUAAUUUUACUUUGUUUUAUUUCGUUAAUGUUUCAUAUUAAUUAUUGGCAUCGAUGUUUCCAUAAACAUCCAUAUAAUCUUUCCAUUGCACAAAAAGUUCUUUAUAGAGGAAAAUCGAUUAAAAUCUUCUAGAAAAAAAAUGCUUAUUUUCUUUAACCCAGAAUGAUUUUUUUUUAUGACAUCACUGCAUUAAAACCCCUAUAUUUUUAAUUACUUUGGUAUAUUUCCUUAGUUAAUUUGCAUAUUAAUAAUGUCAUAUUUCAUGUUUGCUAUUUAGCCAACAAUGAAAUCUUAAAGUAUAAGCGCGCAACACUCGUUCUGAAUCUCACGCACACGCGCGCACAGGUGACUCCGGAGCUCUUCUCAGGUGUUCACGGAGAUGAACACGUGCUGAAAGGUUUCAUUCAAACCGUCCCGGUGUCCGCGGCGACUUGUUGCUGUCGUGUGUAUAUCGUCACGUCCCGGUACAGACGUUAAUGCGCGCGGGUGAUGCGGAUGAUGCGGCCGCUGACGGAUGGAGUUUGAGAGGCGCGUCAGCUCCGCCGCCGCUCACCCUAAAUCAGCCAAAUGCGCUGUGACGCGCCCGCCCGGGGCCGCACCGGAUAACCAGGUUACACGCGCACGGAGAGAGCGCGGGUUACAGGGUCAGAAGUCAAAAGUCAAAUGAAUCCAUAUGCCUAAAAAUUACACAUUCAGCUGCAUAAAAAUACAUUUUGUCCCUGAUAUGUGCUUAUUAUUGCGUAAUUUUGAAAUGUGAGUUUUAUUGUUUGAUUAAAUUUGCUCAUUUAAUGUAUAACAUGCUUUUUAUUAUUUUUGAAAGAGUUUGUGUGGAUUUAACAUUCUUAUAUAAUCGUUUGAAAUGUGUGUAAUAGUGAUUGACAGCAAACAGAUGCGCGUGACCGUGAGCAGCAGGUUUCCGUCCAGUCCUUUCUGAUGAAUAAACGAACGCAAUUAAGUCAACAUUAAUUAGUAUUUCACCUGAACCCGCGUUUAUUUUAUUUUACGAUCAUUUUACUUUAUUUAAACGCAGUGUUGGUCCUUCUGACAACUCAAGGGGGUUUAAAUAAAGGCCAUUAUUCGCGAAAUCAAAUUAAACUUCAUCUCACACUACCACCAGAGCCACAUUAAAGCUAAAACAAUCCCACAAUUCAUUUAGCACGAGCUAGAACGGACCCAUUUACCCGCUCUUGAAAACUUGCCCAUUCUCGCCUUAAUGGCAUUAGUCUUAAUAGCCAUUAAUAGUCAUUUAUUUAGAAUUAUAUUUGCACGCGCGCUCACUCGCGAGGGUGAUGCCCGCUUCAGCUCUGUUCGAGUAAGGAAUAAAACGGCUAUAUGUAAAAAAGAAGGAUCGAAAGAUGAAAUAGUUAUAAAACGGCUAUAGGUAAAAAAGAGGGAGCGAAAGAUGAAAUAGUUGACAGAAGAAGAGCAGGGUCGUGCUGGAAAGGGUUAAUGCGGAGGUGCAUUAGAGAUGCAUGGAGGAGCAGAGGGGAGGAGGCGUUCAGCACUGAGACAUUGUCAUGCAAACAGAGACCACCGCCUCGCCAUUGUCUCCCGGACACCAACUUUAUUAUAAACACACCGCGAGCCGCCCGGCGCAGCAGAGCACCGGAACACCGGCACCGACAGACUCCCGCGAGGACACUCCAGCGCAGACAGCGACUCCUUCUCUACACCGCGUUCCGCUGGACUUCUAGCGGACAUCCCGACCCACCUGCUCGAGCGAGAUUCACCCACACCUGCGUCUCCAUCCGCCCUCCACAUGUACAAAAUGGAUUACUCGUAUCUGAACACAUAUGACUCGUGCAUGGCGGCGAUGGAGGCGUCGGCAUACGCGGACUUUAACUCGUGCAGUCAGACCAACACGUUCCAAUACAACCCCAUCCGGACCGGCUUCAGCUCCAACCCGGGCUGCGCGCCGCUCGGUUCGGCCAGCUGCACUCUGGGCGCGCUGAGAGAGCACCAGCCCGCGCCCUACUCCACAGUUCCGUACAAGUUCUUCUCGGAUCCGUCCGGACUGAACGAGAAGCGGAAGCAGCGGCGGAUCCGCACGACCUUCACGAGCUCUCAGCUGAAGGAGCUCGAGCGCGUGUUCGCGGAGACGCAUUACCCGGAUAUUUACACGCGCGAGGAGCUCGCGCUGAAGAUUGACCUGACCGAGGCGCGCGUGCAGGUCUGGUUCCAGAACCGACGGGCCAAGUUCCGUAAACAAGAGCGCGCCGCCAACUCUAAAGGAGCGACCGGCAGCAGUUCCAGCACAAAGAAGCCCGGAGAGAAUCGCUCUUCAUCUGAGGACGACGAGUCCAAAGAGUCCACGUGCAGCCCGACGCCCGACAGCACGGCAUCCCUGCCCGGCUCCGGGAACAUGGGCAGUCCCGGGGCGAGCAGCCUCAGUCCCAGCCCCGUCUCCGGCUCCUCCUUCAGCAACACCUCCAUCUCACCCUCCAUCCACCAGGGCCUGAAGAGCUCGCCGUGGCCCAGCAUCGGCUCUGGCGCGGCGGCCGGCGUCCAGACGCAGGACCUGCUGAAGGCCUGGCAGCCCGCGGACAGUAUGGCGACCGGUCCGUUCGCCGGCGUUCUGUCCUCCUUCCACCGGAAACCAAACACAAUCAAGACCAACCUCUUCUAGUGCGUCUCGUCCCUCCGUCUGCUGCUGGUUCAUUUGCGUGUAGAGCUCCUGAUGUUCAACGGCUCAUACUUCAGUAAGGUCUCGUGUGUUGACGUUAGUUAAUGAGCCACUAACAACCCAGUGUAGCACUUGAAAUUAUUGAGUUGAGUCAAAGUAAAUGAUCCAAAAUGUGUUCGUACAACAUACUGAGAAGAAAAGGUUCUAUAUGAGAUCAUUUUAUGGAUUUAUUUUUAAUGAAUUAAUUAAGUUUUAAUUUUAAUUCAAUUGUAUGAAUUAAGCAACUCAUACUUUAUCACUAGAAAAAAAAUGAAAUAACCCAUUAAACAUUAAGCAUUAUUUCUCCUUAUAUAGAAACUUUUUGGCAUAAAAUUGAGUCGAGAAUCCUACACUGUAAAAAAAAAACAUUUUCACAACAUUUUUUCUUUUGUCAAAACAACUUAAAUAAUGUGGUUCAGAUGACAUAAUAUUUUGAGUUUCUGUUUGAUUAAAUCAGUGUUCUUCAUUGUAUUUUCAAUGAACUCAAUUUUAAGGCAGCCAGACAACUUAGUUUUUUAAGUUAAACCAACAAUUCUUUCUUACAGUAUAUAUAUAUAUAUAUA